CAGAAUGUCACUCGUUGUUUACAUUAAUUCUAUUUAGCAUCAAGUUCAGCACGGAUCUCGAAUAUUUUUAAAAUCAGUGUUAGUUUUCAAGUUUAUCCAAAAGAUCUGUGUAGUGCUCAGUAGAUUGGGAUAUUGUGCAAGUGUAGAGAGCGGAAAACGCAACGACAAUGGCAGACGAGAAUGAAAAUUCUUGCGAUAAAUUCGAUGACGUGAAGCCGGAUAAAAUGUUUACACUUAAAAAAUGGAACGCCGUUGCGAUGUGGAGCUGGGAUGUGGAGUGCGAUACCUGUGCUAUUUGCCGGGUGCAGGUUAUGGAUGCUUGCCUGCGUUGCCAAGCCGAGAGUAAGAAGGACACCCUCGGACGUCAAGACUGUGUAGUAGUUUGGGGCGAGUGCAACCACUCCUUCCACCAUUGCUGCAUGUCGCUGUGGAUUAAGCAGAAUAACCGCUGCCCUCUUUGCCAACAGGAGUGGUCCAUUCAAAGAAUGGGAAAAUAAAUCUAUGUACUGAAGACGGAAACAAAGAUCUGGAUAAUUUGCUAAAUCAAUUUAUUUCCUUAGUUUACAGUGCUCGUACUCAAGUAAGUGCAAAAAUAAACAUUUUAAUUCGCAAAAACUAA